AUGGCAGCUAUGAACAAGGAAAUGAAGCUACUCAUAAUCCAAUAUCUCGGCUACGAGAACUUGAAGGAAACCAUGCACAAGAUGGAAUCAGAAACUGGUCUCUUCUUCAAUAUAAAGUAUUUUGAAGAUAAAAUCCUUACUGGAGAUUGGGAUGAAACUGAGAACUACCUCAAUGGAUUUACUAAUAUCAAUGAAAAUCGAUAUACCACGAAGAUUUUCUUCGAGAUCAGGAAGCAAAAGUAUUUUGAAGCCUUGGACAGGCAAGACAAAAUGUCGGCUGUGAGUAUUUUGGUGAAAGAUCUGAAAAUCUUUUCAAGACUUGAUGAAGAUUUAUACAAGGAUAUAGCACAUUUAAUUACUCUUGAUAACUUCAGGGAGAAUCCACAGUUAGCAUCGUAUGGCGAUAUCAAUUCGUCUAGAGCCAUAUUGGUAUCUGAGCUAAAGAAACUGAUUGAAGCUAAUCCCAGCUUCAGAGAUAAGCUUGUGUUUCCUUCCUUCUCACCAUCGCGCUUGCGACGCCUGAUUAAUCAAGGUUUGAAUUGGCAGCAUCAGCUAUGCAAGAAUCCAAAGCAAAAUCCAGAAAUUAAAACUUUGUUGAUUGACCAUACUUGUUCUUCGCCUCGAAAAUAUAGGCCUCGCACGCCUACUCUGUCUGUGCCUCCUGCUGCAGAUGCUGCAAACUAUCCCUCUUAUGCAAUUGCGCCACUUUCGGCUGCUCCUACUCCUAAUCCUGUUACAACAUCGCCCGUGAAUGAAAAUCCUUCGUCACCUGCUCUUUCAGUUCCUACUCCUAUUGCUGUUACAACAUUGCCGGUGAAUGAAAAUCCUUCGUCGCCUGCUCUUUCAGUUCCUACUCCUAAUGCUGUUACAACAUUGCCGGUAAAUGAAAAUCCUUCGUUGCCUUCUCAAUCACCUGCUGAAAUUGCAGCAUCCUCAUUGCCUGAUACUUCAACUCAAGUCUCUGUUCCGAUGCAUUCAGAAAUGCCGAAUACACUUGAAUCGAUGGAUGAUCAAAGUAACACUCUUGAACCGAUGGAUGAUCAAAGUAACGACCUUGAUCAAGAAAUGAGACCGAUCCCUUCUUCACAAGCUGAUGAAGAAGUACAUGAACCUGAACCUGUGCAGGCCCCAUAUACCUUUGAACCUGAACCUGAACCAGUGAAUCCGUUGUUCGAUCAACUUCCUAGAACUGUUGUUUGUAAGUUGCAUCAGGGAUCAACUGUGACAAGCAUGGAGUUUCAUCCUUUCAUUCAUUCUAUACUAGCUGUUGGUAGCGCAAACGGUGAAGUUUCACUUUGGGAAGCAAGUCUGAGAGAGAGGCUCAUAUCUAAGCCUUUCAACAUAUGGAAUAUCUCGAAUUGUUCGGUCAAAUUUCAGGCGCUGAGUAUGAAAGAAUUGUCGAUGCCUGUCAAUCGUGUAUCAUGGAGCCCGAGUGCGGGUUUACUUGGGAUUGCUUAUGCAAAACAUUUGGUUCAUUUGUAUAGCUAUCAUAUUCCUAAUGGCCUACAGGAGCAUUUGGAGAUUGAUGCUCAUGAUGGUUCUGUUAAUGACUUGUCAUUUUCAUAUCCAAACAGUCAGCUAUGUAUGGUAACUUGUGGUGAUGAUAUGUUAAUUAAGGUAUGGGAUUUGGAUGGACAUGUAAUAUUUAUCUUCGAAGGUCAUGGAGCGCCUGUUUAUUCCGUUCUUCCUCACGGGAAGGAAAAUAUCCAGUUUAUAUUAUCAACUUCGGUUGACGGGAAGAUUCGCGCUUCGGUGUAUUAUGACAAGAACUUUCAGCUGGAAUACGAUACUCCGGGACAGUGUUGCACGACACUGAUGUAUAAUGCUGAUGGAAAUAGAUUGUUUUCUUGCGGAACAAGUAACGAUGGAGAAUGUUUCCUGGUUGAGUGGAAUGAAGAUGAAGGAGCAAUAGAAAAAAAAUAUUCUGGAUUUAGAAACGAAACUGCGGGUAUAGUGAAAUUUGAUGUUGUGAAGAAUCGGUUUUUGGCUGUUGGUGUGGAGAACCAGAUUAAGUUUUGGGAAAUGGAUAGAAUUGAUGUUCUGACUUCUACAGAUGCCGAGGGUGGUCUUCCUACUCUACCUCGCUUGAAAUUCAAUCGGGAAGGAAAUCUGCUCGCGGUUACUACAGACGAUGGUGGUUUUAAAAUCCUUGCUAACGCCGAUAGUCUCAAAUACUUAAGGGACAUUGAAGAAUCUAUACAACGAAUCGACACAAAUAAUGGAUUAAUUGUUCAUCCUGUUCGGUAUCGAAUCGUUACUAUACCAGAGAAUAUGGGUCCGGGUAACAAGGUUGUUCGUCUUCGUUACUCAAAUAAUGGAGAUGCUCUUCUAGCUCUUGGUUCGAAAGGAGUUCAGAAGCUGUGGAAAUGGAUUCCUAAUGCUUUGAAUCCUAUGGGAAUGGCGACGGCAAGAUUUGUUCCUAAAGAGUAUAGGCCAUCUAGUGGUUUACUUAUGACUCAUGAUGUCCUAAACAACUGUGAUUCGGCGAUUCCAUGCUUAGACAUCUCAAAGAAUGAUGCCUACGUUGUUGCUGCAUGUGGCGGAACCAUUUCGUUGUUCAACUUAAUAUCGUUUAGAGUGAUGACUGGUUUUAUGCAUGCUCCACCAGCUGCAACAUUUCUCGCGUUUAAUCCGGAAGACAACAACACUGUCAUAAUCGGAAGGGAGGAUUCGGAGAUUAAUAUUUUCAACAUUAGGUAUCAUGAGCUUACAACUAUAUUGAAGGGCCAUCAAAAAUACAUUACUGGUAUAGUUUUUUCGCGUCGACUGAAUACGAUGGUUUCUUCGAGCGCUGAUGGUCAGAUUUCUUCAUGGUGCAUGAGCACAUGGGAUAAGAAGAAAUCAGUGUCGAUCCAAAUGUCAGGUUGUGAAAAGGCACUUUCGGGUGAGACUAAAAUUCAAUUUCACAUUGAUGAAGUGAAGUUGUUGGUAUGUCAUGAGACACAGAUAGCAAUAUAUGAUGCUUCAGAAAUGGAAUUGAUUUGUCAGUGGCUUCCGCAAGACGGGUUGUCUGCUGCCAUAACCUCUGCAGCAUACUCCUGCAAUGGACAAUUAGUUUAUGCAACUUUUCUAGAUGGAAGCAUUGGAGUAUUUGAUUCUGAAAGUCUCCAACUAAGAUCUCGUAUUGGUUCAUCUGCAUACCUGUAUCAGACUCCAUCAGACAGUGAAAAUGUGUACCCUCUUGUCGUAGCAGUACAUCCAGAAAAUCCAUAUCAGUUUGCAAUUGGACUGUCAGAUGGAUACGUUAAGGUUAUAGAGCCCACUGACUCUGCAGUGUGGUUGGGACAGAAAGUGCCUGUUGUUCAAAUGGAUAUGGAUUGA